AUGGCUGCAACCAAAGCGGCUAGUUCGCGAGGCAUUCGUCUCCAAUUCAAACAAAAACUUGUCUCCUCACCAGCAAAACCACUUUCGACAAAUGAAGUGUCGAAGAGGUUAAAGAACCUUCACAAGGAACUCGUAAAUCUGGAACAAGAAGCAAUAGUUACAGACUCAUUGCAAGGCGUUUCUCGAGAACUUGUGCAGCCCAGCCUCAUUAGUCAUAAAGAUAAAGGAGUCAAAGCGUAUGUCGCGUCGUGUCUUGCAGACUUGUUAAGGUUAUACGCGCCACAUGCGCCUUAUACCGAACGAGAGUUAAAGGAAAUUUUUGAAUUUUUUGUUAAUCAGCUACAAUUUGUAACGGAUGACACCGACCCGUAUUUUGAUGCGUAUUUUUACUUGUUGGAGAAUCUCGCAAGUGUCAAAAUCAUGUUACUGAUGUUUGAUCUACAGAAUUGCGAAGAGCUUUUGACACGAUUGUUUCGUGAAUUUUUUAAUGCAAUAAGAGAAAAUACGCAAAAGAUUGUGUAUGGAUACUUUAUUGAUAUAAUGCAACAGUUGAUUGAAGAAGCGCACGUUCUGCCUCAGGAAACUAUCGAUAUUAUUCUAUACCAAUUUAUAAAGAAAAGAAAAGAAGAACAUCCAGCUGCGUAUCAAUUAGCAAGUGCUAUAUGUCGAGCGUCAACAGAUAAACUUCAAUAUUAUGUUUGCCAGUAUUUCUCCGAAGUUAUUGUUUCUUCGGGCAAAUCAGUGGCACCGGAAGUACUAAGUGACUUCAAAACAGCCCAUGAACUCAUUAAAGAACUCAAUCGCGCAGCACCGGGGUUACUUUUGAAUCUCGAUGAUUUCAAUCUAAGGAUGCUCGUUACCCAGGUUUUGGGAGAGAUGUUUUCGGAGAAAGGAUCUAGUUUAGCAGUCCGAUAUGAGAAUGUUUGGCAGAUUUGGCUUUCGAGGCGUAACGACAAAGCGGCCGCAGUUCGAAUCGUUUGGGCUGAUUAUUGUAUUCCACUAUUUCAGAAUCAUCCGGAAUUGGCGAAACAAGUGAAUGAUUCCAUUAAAUCAAAAAUGUCUGAUCCUGAUGAAAAAGUUCGAAUUGCGUUUUGUAAAGUACUCGGUCAAAUCGAUUAUGAUAGUGCUCAUAAUUUGGUCGAUGCCGAGCUGCUGAGUGCGCUGGCUAAACGAUGUCGCGAUCGUAAACACGGAGUUAGACAAGAAGCGAUAAAUGCUCUCGCAAGACUAUAUAAUCUGGCAUUUUCCGAUAUACAAGACACAGCAAUGACAAACUUUAGCUGGAUUCCCAAAGAAAUAUUAAACACACUUUACACGAACGAUAAUGAAAUUGUUACGUGUGUUGAAAAGGCUCUCGAAGAACACAUAUUGCCGCAUGAUAAUGAUGCUUUGGUCCGUGUUGAACGAAUUCUUACCGUGUUGGAAUCGUUGGGUGGAAAGGCGAAAAAAGGAUUUUUCUCUUUGUUCCAAAGGCAGAGAGACGCGAUUUCUGAUAUGGAAAUUUUUUUGGGACUGUGUGAACAAAUUAAGGGGGAAGAAGGCAAAGAAAACAACGAACAGUUUUCUAGAUUGCUGGAGCAACUUAUUAAGCGUAUAGCAAAUAAACUUCCAGAUCCGCAAAAAGCCGCAAAUCAUUUAUCCAAUUUUACCAAAAUCGGCGACGCACAGCUAUAUAAAUUAAUAAAAGAUUGCAUGGAUCCUCAAUCUGAUUACAAGACUGUCAAAAAAUCUCAGAAAGAAGUAUUAAAGAAAAUAGAACAAGUUUCACCCUCUCUCUACGAGACUUUUUUAACUAUACUACGUCGAAUCAGCUUGACUAUAAUCAACAAAGAUCUUAUUCCAUUGCUUAUGCAUAAAAUGGAUUCAGUAAUGUCUAUUGACUCGACAAGUCAAACCUAUGAGAACAGGUCAACGAAUGAAAAUAGUGAUAAAUCUUCAGUAAGCCAAAAUAAUAUUAAUGAAUCAACAAGUCAAAGCAAUGAAAACGAUUCGACAAAUCGUAAUGAGAACGAAUCUAUAAAUCAACGAAAUAGUAAUAUGGAAAAAGCCGCCCAUGAUUUACUAAAGGAAAUAUCGCUGCGUUUUCCAGCUCUGUAUAGAUCUCAUAUCAGUGAACUUACACAAUUACUCGCAGAAGACGCUAACGAAUUGCUUAUCGAAGAUAGCCUGGAGGCACUUUCCCAAUUCUCAAAGAAAUAUCCAGAUGAAACACCCCAAGAUAGCAUAUGCAAACGACGUUUAAUGAAAUAUGCGCUUGAGGGAUCACUGCAACAAGCCAAAUAUGCUGCGAUCGUUUUGGGUCAAAUGCGCGAUAAAUACCAAAUUUUUACAGACUUAUUACAGAAAAUUGUUCCGAAUCUUUCACACGACUCUCCAAAUCUUCUAAACCAUCUUUCGGUACUAAGCGAAUUGGCACUUUACUCUUCGUCAAAAUACGAAGAAGAAAGUGAGGCUAUUACGAAAUUCAUAAUUAAAGAAUUACUCUAUACAAAUAGAUAUCAGCCUGCAAACGACGAAAAAGACUGGGUUGAAGAUAAUCAGCUGGAUGAAGAGUGUAAAGCAAAAGUGAUUGGUUUGAAGAUCCUUGUAAAUAAUUUACUUUCACUGUCGGAAGAACAAGGCGCAGAAGAAUCGGCAAAACCGGUCUUUAAAUUAUUAUGGAAAUUAAUAAAAGAUGGUGGCGAAAUACAUCCAGAAAAAACCACGAGCCUUGCAUUUAAGAGCCGCUUACGAUUAGCCGCUGCUCGUGCUAUAUUAAAACUGGCGCGUAAAAAAAUUUAUGAUAAAAUGGUUACGGUUUCAGAUUUUCAAAAAUUGGCAUGGACGAUCCAGGAUCCUUGCUAUAAUGUUCGUUAUGGAUUUGCGUCCCGACUCAUUAAAUAUUGUGGUGGAUAUCAGCUCAGCGCGCGAUUCCUUUCAAUAUUCUUUUUAGUGGCUCAUGAGCCCACUCCGGCUAUACGAGACAUGGCAAGUCCUUUGGUUAAAGUGUUUUUGAUUAAACAUUCGGUCGCUGCGAAGGCUCAACGUGAUAAUACGACUUUAAUAUUUGAGAUGUCCCUAGUUCGUCUUAUUCAUCUUUUAUCUCACACGGAUUUAUUAGAGUCAAAUCAACUUCUCAGAGCUACAAAAUACGUAGAGUUCUUUCUGGAGACAAUUGCAAAUGCCGAAAAUAUUUCCUUUUUAUAUUAUAUCGCUGGUAGAAUAAAGCAGUUCCAGGACUUACAUGCGCAGGAAGACCCAGAAAACUUGCAUGCACCUAAAAAAUCCGAUAAUUUAUACAUUCUAAGUGAUUUGACUCAACAUAUAAUCCGUGAGAAAUGUAAAGCCGCUUCUUGGAUACUACCUUCUUAUCCUGGUCAAGUGAAACUCCCUGCCGAUUUAUUCGCAAGUCUGCCUACUACGGAAAAAAUGAAAGAGGUUAUGGAAAAGAAUUAUUUGCCCGCGGACUUUAUAAAGAUGUUGGAAAAAAAACAACCAACCGCACAUUCUAAACAAGAAAAAGCAAUGAAAAAGCCACGAUCAACAAGUUCUACCAAAAAAUCACAGUCUCCGAAAAAGCGAAGAAAAAUAGACACAAAUAAGCCUGUGACACCAACAAGAAGAACUACACCGAGAGCGGCCAAAUCUAAAGUAUUAUCAAUGGAAGAAAUAGAAGAUAGUGUUGAUGAGGGGGAAGAGACAGCCGCUGAAGAAGAAAACCAAAGCAUGAAAA